UUUACUUUUCGGUGGACAUAUAAUCCCAUAAGCAAGACCCAAGAAUGUCACUUUAAAACAGUUUCUCAAUCUAAUCGAAUCGCUUAAGUAUGCUGUACCUACCAUAAAGUUAAAAAAUAUAUAAAAAUGAAACUACUCUGUGUUGUAAUAUCAUUUGUUUUUGUAAAUGUUUCGGCUGAUAUAAUGGCCUAUAAGAGGGUAGUUUCUAUUACAAACUUAAUCAUCCAGAAUGCUUCUGACCGUAAUGAUAUAAAUGGAAAUGGAUUGGAGUUUCUUAUUAAAGCAAUUGUUUAUGAAAAUCAAUUUUCAAUGGAAGACAUGAGUAUUUUAUUCGCUGUACCAGAAAAGGCAGACCUCGUAAACAUACAGAGUAACCACAUUUUUAUGUUUUAUAUUUACAAUACUUUACUUACGUUCAUUGUUUACUUAUACCGAGAUUAA